AUGGAGAAUGGCUCAGAGGUGAAGGAGUUCAUCCUUGUGGGAUUGACAGAUGCCCCAGAGCUUCAGGUUCCCCUCUUCAUAAUAUUCACUAUCAUCUACCUCAUCACCCUGGUGGGAAACCUGGGUAUGAUAGUCCUGAUAUUGUGGGACUCCCGUCUCCACACACCCAUGUACUUUUUCCUCAGUAACCUCUCUCUGACUGAUCUUGGCUAUUCUUCUGCCAUUACCCCUAAAGUUAUAGCCGGAUUCCUCCCAGGGAACAAAACUAUCUCCUAUAGUGAGUGUGUUGCACAAAUGUUCUUCUUUGUGCACUUUGUCACCAUUGAAAGUUAUCUCCUGGCUGUUAUGGCUUAUGAUCGUCAGGUAGCUGUGUGUAAGCCCCUCCAUUACACCACCACCAUGACGUCCAGUGUGUGUGUCCGUCUGGUUAUUGGAUGCUGUAUCUUUGGUUUUCUUUGUUCUUCCCUUCACACAGGAAACACUUUCACCCUAUACUUUUGUAAUUCCAAUGUGAUCCAUCACUUUUUCUGUGAUGUCCCACCCCUCUUUGUUCUCUCCUGCUCUCUCACAUAUGUCCAUGAAUUGGUUCUCUUCUUUGGUGUUAGUUUCAAUGCUUCUCUUACCCUUUUUUUCAUUGUGAAAUCCUAUUUUUCCAUUUUCAUUGCCAUUUUGAGAAUGAGUUCAGCUGAGGGCCGCCAGAAAGCGUUUUCUACUUGUGCUUCCCAUCUCAUAGCUGUAUCCUUGUUUUAUGGAACAAUAAUCUUCAUGUACUUACAACCUAGCUCUAGCCAUUCCAUGGACACAGACAAAGUGGCUUCAGUGUUCUACACCAUGGUCAUCCCCAUGUUGAAUCCUCUGGUCUACAGUCUGAGGAAUAAGGAAGUCAGCAAUGCUUUUAGGAAAAUCAUGGGAAGACAAAAUCUUAGUUAG